AACACGCCCACCCGCAUUGUCCGCUUGGCUGGAGGACACUGGUGUCGCUUCCCUUUUUCUAAGCUUCAUUUAAGGCAGGGAAAGGACACUAUUCCGCCAAAAUAAUAAAGGGGAUUUUUGCGGUUGACUAAGUUAUUUGAAAUGCCUGGCGUAUUAGUUAUUUUAGUGCACUUCGAGACGAAACUCCGUUAUUUUACUCUAGAGACGGGUGUAAUUUCAAUGUUAGAUGAUGCGGCGAUUUGCGGCGUUUGUGCUGAUGACCUUUUCUUUGGCAUCCCUCGAUGAAAUGGGUUAUACAGUUGAUGACUUUUCAUCAACAGGAAUUGCGAAUGCGACACAGGCGGCUGUAAUCCCCCGGGCCCGUGAAAUUACACUGUUGCCCUGCUUAAUGGGGAAUAUUUUAAAUUCGCCAUUAUCGUGAAUGUAGCCCAUUUAAAGUAAAUAUAUUAAGCAUAAUUUGGCACGUUUUGAGUCUGCAUCAAAAUAAGUAAUCGAGCCAGACAUCAGACGUGGCUGUUCUGAAAUAUUGAGCAUCAUCUGCCUACGUGAGCUGCAGAAACGCAUCGGACAACCUGUCGAUCCCUGUCCUGGAUCGCUGAAGUGCGGUCUGCAGUGCAUGAUGGGAGCUAAGCGGGGGGGACCCGACCAAUGACUGGUCUCGAUCGCCACGCUGCAGGAUGGACAGCUUCCUAAACACCUCAGUGCCCCCUUCCUGCCCCUCCACCCGGACCAUGGAUCAGGAGACGCCAGCGAAGGAGAGAACCAGCUACUUCAGCAAUGUCAAAGCGAGGCUGGGAUCCAGUCUUCCCACUGAUACCCUGCCAGUGGAGCCCCCAGGGCUCCCAAGAGCCACAGGCCAUGCCCAGCCCCAGCAGCCCCAAGUCCGACACCAUGUGCCGCACAUCCGGAACCCGCAGCUACGGCAGUACUACCUGAGAGAGGCAUCGUGGGAUUCGGACUCAGCCAAUACGGUGCUGGCAGCUGCUGGAGCCCCUGCAGAGAGGAAGGCAGAGGACUGUGCGGGUUCGCGAGCUUCUGACACCGAGGCCCCUCCCACCACAGAGGCAGACGGCACCCCUGCUGCCCCCACGGCCCCCACCAUGACUGCUCCUGGCCUGCCUUCUCCGCUGCUGGAUGCCGACUACGAUAAACUCCUGGAUGUGGAGGCGGUGCCCAUGCCCGAUGGACAGCUCUGCUUGCUCGCCCUGCCCCCCGAGUGCUCUGCAGGGGGGGGCUCAGCCACCGCCCCUUACCUCAAGCUGUGCUGCCGCUACAUCACCGAUCGCAAGGGUGUGGUGUCGGGGGUCCUGCUGGUGACAGCCAAUAAGAUCUUCUUUGACCCCUACAAGUCCCACCCCCUGGUGCUGGAGCACGGCUUUGAAGAGUACCUGCUCUCCUGCUCUGUGGACAGCUUGGCAUCCGUGUCCUUCUGCCCCGACAUCUCCCACGUGCGCUUCAGUGCCCCCACACAACGGCCGAAAAGCAGAAGGAAGGAGGCGCACCUAAAAAUGGCCAGGAGCCUGGGGAAGAGACGGCAAGGAGACAGGCGGGGAACAGCGAGCAAACAGAAGGAGGAGAUGCUCUUCGCUCCGGCGUCCUCAGCAGCUCCGAGCAUAAGCUCCCCCUCUGACACGACCCACGAAGCUGCCCUGGAUGGGCAGGGCCUGGGGGACAAAGAGCAGGAGGGCCGCGACAUGGCAGAGGCCGAGAAACAGCUGGGGGGCACUGCGGACGAGCUGGCUGUACAGUGUUCGGGGAUGCUGGGUGCAGCUGUUCUUAGCAGUGCUGCCACCUUCUGCUGUGGAGGACUUGAUGCAGGUGAUAUAGGCGACUCGGAACAGAGCUCCACCAAGCAGCGUACAAGGGAAGGAACGUCAGGGUCCAAAGCCUGCAGGGGCCACGGUGAUCUGAUGUUCGUCAGGCUGAGGUUCCACUCAACCCAGAGGAAGAAGCGGAACUCGGACCUGUCAAGAGCCCCUACCACGAAGGACGCCUGGUUCACGCUGUCGCAGGAGAGCUCAGAUGAGCUCUAUGCCUAUCUGACCCACUGGAGGCCUGACGUCUGCAUCCUGGAGGGGGGGCAGGAAGAGGAGGAGGAAGACGAAGAGUUCGUGCUGGUGGACAGCAGGGAGCCGGAGGUGUGCCAGAACGAGGCCCGGACCGGAGACGAGUGGGAGAUGGUCUGUGUGGAUGAGGGAGGGGGCCGGACAUCAUCGCUGACCCUGGACAGGGAGCCGGAGGGGCUGGCAGACAUUGUACGCCAGAGUGUCAUCCUGGGAGAGGACCAGGUCAGACAGAUAUACAGCAGGCUUCCCCCUCGAACCGUGGGCCACACAUGGCAGCUGGCCUACAGCACGUGGCGGCACGGGGCCAGCCUCCGCUCCCUCUACAGGAGGCUGGCUGGCAGCGACUCGCCCACACUGCUCCUCAUCAAGGACUCCCAGAGCCAGGUGUUUGGCGCCUUCCUGUCCCACCCCCUGAGGCCCAGCGAGACGUUCUAUGGCACCGGGGAAACCUUCCUGUUUACCAUGCAGCCGAGCUUCCAGGUAAGUGGGCUUGUGGGGAGAGCACAGGGCCCCCCCAGGCUUACCGCCGCCCCCAGGCUUACCGCCGCCCCCAGGGCUUACCACCACCGUCUCCCAAGGGUCCUGUUACUGUGCCUCACCUCCUUCUCCCGCCAGUGCUUCCGCUGGAUGGGUGCCAACUCCUUCUUCAUCAAGGGAGACCUGGACUCCUUUGCCGUUGGGGGUGGGAGUGGCCAUUUUGGCCUGUGGCUGGAUGAGACUCUGUACCGUGGACGCAGCAGUCCCUGUGACACAUUCAACAACCGCUGCCUGUCUGAGACCGACGACUUCCGCGUCCUGGAGUUGGAGGUGUGGACCUUCUGCUGAGUCGGACCCCUAGGGAGGAGGGGGCAGCAUAGAAAUAUUGCAGCUGGAGAAGCAGCUGGAACAGUUUCGGAAAUGGGACUUUCUUGCCGGUGGCUGUGCCCCCCCCCCCCCCCCCCCGAUGGCCCUGUAAAUACAGAUUCCUGCUCCAUCCUGUAACAGACAUAAAUCGCCAGUCCGACGCUACACUCAGCACCACGGGCUCUCACUCACUCAUCCACUUAGCGCACCUGCAACACGACCUAACUGUGGCCGUCAUAAAGGACUUCAAAUGCAGUGUAUUAUGCAUAAAUAAGACUUUUCCAGACUGCACUGUACAGUUCAACACGAUGAGCCUGGAAAUACUGUUGCUAGAAUAAUUUGAAUUUCUUAGAUUUAAAUUUCCCCAUGCUCCAGACGCUCCGGGUGUGAUAUCGCGACCCCACACCAUACCUCGCCGUCCCCCCUGUGAAGAAUAAAUAAACCUCUGAAGUAAGCCUU